AUGAAUACUCGGAAAUCUGCAAAGCCCCAAGAUUCGGCAAAAGCGACUGACCGACCUUCUAAACGGCGCAAAGUAGCCGUCGCCUGUGAUGAAUGUCGUGCUCGGAAGAUUCGCUGUGACGGCGUACAGCCCGUGUGUGGCCCAUGCAGAAAGAAGGCGGAUUUAGGAGUGCGCUGUGUUUACACUGGAGAGCAUGAGAAAAAGCGUGCGGUGCAAGAUUAUAUUGCUAGCUUGGAGAGCCGAAUUAAGAACCUAGAAAGCCCGGGUGACAUUCCGGCAAGGAUAACGAGCGUUGUAGAACGUGAGAGGACAGGCCGCUUUCAGAGUUCCACCUCUCCGUAUAGUCCUGUGUCAUCACGUAAUCUUCCUGCAGUGACCCAGUUAACCACAUCGUCCGCCCCAGAAAAUUAUAGUCCGCUUACGAAUGACACUCCAGAGAGCGCUAAUAGAGAUGAUCACCUUCCGCCAUGCAGUGCUUGUCGAAGCUCUUCUGAAAGGAUUGCUAAUUGUGUACACGAACGUGCCAAACCUCGUUCCCAAGGCUUUGAAGAGCGCCCGACACAAGGCUUCUUUGGUAGUUCAAGCGCGGCUAGCUUCAUGCAUCAGAUAAAGAUGGCUGUUGACAAAACAGUCGCCUCACCCCAUCGACAGACAUCUGACACCGUCCCGGGGGUGACAUCUUCCCCAGCCCUCAUGGAGACCAAGCAGCAAAGGCCCUCUAGCAUACAGAGCUAUGUAUUGCCUCCAAGGAAAACAGCAGAUAGCCUGAUGGGCAUUUACUGGACUUUUGUCUUCCCCCUUUACCCGCUUGUUGACAAUAUCCGUCUGAGAGCCGACUAUGAAAAGAUCUGGACGGGGGAACCGCUUCAAUCUGAUGAAAAUAUGCUCAUGUGCACAUUCAAUAUGAUAUUUGCACUAUCCUGCCAGUUAGCUGACUUCAUCCCCCACGGGGAGCGAGAAGUGUCGGCGGAUGCUUUCUUUUCGCAGGCGAAGGAUCUUCUCCAGUUUAAUAUCUGGGAUGCAGGGUCUGCUGCCCUUAUUCAAUGUUUACUUCUGAUGGCGCAGUACUUGCAAAGCACUGACUCGGCUCACCAAUGCUGGAUCGUCACUGGCCUGGCAAUACGGAAUGCCCAAAGCUUGGGGUUGCAUCUUCCACAAACUAUUGCCCGGCUUCCAAGCCCACAGGAUCAACAACUAGCACGCAAAAUAUGGCACGGAUGUGUGCUCAUGGAUAGAGUCAUUUCCAUGACAUUUGGACGUCCAGCAAUGAUAACGAAAGCGUCCUGUGGAUCGGUACCUUUGCCCGAUAUGGUGGACGAGGAGUAUAUUCCGACAGCUUCCGGCAUAGAGGCUACACAGCCAGCUGACCGGCCAUCUGUGAUGGCAUUUUAUGCAAGGUCUCUUGGACUAUACGAAAUCAUGAACGAUAUCCUACUGAGUUUAUAUAAGCCUGUCCCGGAAGAUAAUCCAGAGGACAUGUAUGAACUUUAUUUCAACAAAGAAACUAGUGAGGACGAGCAGACGAUCUUUGAGCUUGACCGAGCCCUUACCAAGUGGAGCCGGAGCCUUCCGCAACAUUUACGAGGAAGCUCGCUCAGUGACUCCACAGAUGUGGUCUUCUACCACCAGAGUGUAGUUCUUAGAGCAAGAUUUUUGCACGUUCGUAUGCUUCUAUUCCGUCCGAUACUGUCCAAGUACUGUACAGCUAGAGACACCAAAGCACCUGAUACCCUUGUUUCACGAAAUGACUCCUUUCCUCAGCGCAUAGCAUGGCAGUGGUCAACUAUAUGCGUUCAGGUAGCCCAGGAAGUCAUUGAAUUGAUACAUGGCAACAUCCCUGCUGAUGGAUCAGCGGGUCCUCUCCCAGCUUGGUGGUACAAUAUUCUGUAUGUCUACACUGCAGCCACAGUUUUGGUAGCAGGCUAUCUUUGUCCCACUAUUCUGGACGAAGUGACUGAAGUGGCAGUUACAAGGUCAUGGCACUGCGCGCUCGAGAUUCUUAGAAAGUAUCAGAGUUACAGCACUUCUGCACGGCGAUGCAUAGCAGCUCUGGAAAUUCUCUACGAAAGAGUGGUGUCGGUACCACCCCCAUCUCAUGCGCUAAGCACUAGCCAUCAGCCACCUGGUAGCACGUCCAAUACUGUGAAUGAUAUGUCUCUUGGAGAGGGCAUAGAUGCAAUUUUCUCGGAAGGCUUUGAUUGGCCGGACUUCCAAGAUAUGUCAUGGCUAAACAGCGUACCAAGCAGCUUACACUAUGGCCUUCCCAAUAAAGCCUUUCUUGGCACUAUGAGAGUCCUCUGA